UGCCCCCUCUUUCCUUCCUUCCAGAUGGAGCUUUUUGCAGCACAGGAGGAGAACACCAGACUGAUGAAGGAGAAGCAGGUCCUGAAAAAUAAACUGGAAGAAUUGAAGAGGGUCCCCCAGGGUGAUCUUGUGAUGAUGCAGUCUGGCUUGCCAGAGAAGAAAAUGGUGUUUAAGGGACUUGCAGCAAACAAGGAGGACAUGAACAAACUGAUGCUCACCCCACGAAUCCGUUACCCUCUGCCAGGGGGCUCAGCUCUCAUCACCUUUGAGAAGGCAGAGGUGGCCCAGAGGAUCAUAGAGGUGAAAAAGCACGUGGUGAAGCUGAGCUGCUGGGAGGAAGUGGAGGACCUUGACCAGUGCAGAAUGGAAGUGCAGGCAGCACCUGUGGAGAUACUGCUGCCAUCUGCCCUGGAGAUCAGGCUGACUCAGAGCAGCAGGAGCAUCAUUGUGUCUGACCUGCCCAACGGGGACAUCCCUGAGGAUGCACUGCUGGACAAGCUGGAGCUCUUCUUCAGCAAGAAAAAGAAUGGGGGCAGUGAGGUGGAGAGGAGGGAGUUCCAGGAAGACUCUCGCCAGGUGGUGCUGACCUUCAGAGAGGAUGGAGUUGCAGAGCUGCUAAUUGAGAGAGGAUACAUCCAGGUUCCUAUUUUGGGAGAAAAAUACAAAGUCAAAAUAUCGCCAUACAUGAAUGGAGACAUCACCAACUUGCAGCUCCAGCCCUGCUGCUGUCCCAGGACUGUCCUGCUUUCUGGCAUUCCCGAUGUGCUGUUUGAUGAGUCCAUGAGAGACACCCUGGAGAUCCACUUCCAGAAGGCCAGCCUCGGCGGCGGGGAGGUGGAUGCCCUCGCCUAUGUCCCAGCAGGGUGGAUGGGGAGGGCCGUGUUUGUGGAGGACACGGGCUAGUCCUGGCCAUCUCCAUCAAGCCGAGAUUGUGGAGCUCCGUGUG